AUGCGUCCUUUCCCUGAUUCUACUCCAGCCGGCGCUCCCUCCGACCCGUUGGCUCCGCCCUCCACGGACGUGCUGCGUCAUGGCGCGCCUCACUCCCCGCGACCCCGGAAGUGUGUCGGGGGCUUGGCCUCUGCCCGGCUGCGAAGCCGGAGCAGGAGGUUCCCGCCGGAAAGGGGUCCUGCCGAGCAAGUCCUUCCGACAACGGACCACGGGCGAGGCCCGGGCCAAGGGGCCAGGAUGCUGAACGUCCCUUCCCAAUCUUUCCCGGCCCCCAGCUCGCAGCAGCGUAUCGCCUCCGGGGGGCGUAGCAAGGUACCUUUAAAACAGGGCAGAAGUCUUAUGGAUUGGAUUCGACUAACCAAAAGUGGAAAGGACCUAACAGGAUUAAAAGGCAGGUUAAUUGAAGUCACUGAAGAAGAACUUAAAAAACACAACAAAAAAGAUGAUUGUUGGAUAUGCAUAAGAGGGUUUGUUUAUAAUGUCAGCCCAUAUAUGGAGUAUCAUCCUGGUGGAGAAGAUGAACUAAUGAGAGCAGCAGGAUCAGAUGGUACUGACCUUUUUGAUCAGUUUUGAUCCCUCUGCUGACCUCUUGUCUUGCAUUUCCAAAUGCCAGAUGGGCAAUUUGAUAACCUGUUGGCACUUCAACUCAGUGUGCCCUCAAACAAUA